AUGUUGAGAUUUGCAAGCCAAAACUUAAUCAGAACUUAUUCUAGUAGAAUUGGCCGAUAUGCUGCCACUGCUUCCGGGAAACUGGCACAGUCUCGCUUGUCAAGCAUACCAACUCCAAAAACGUUAAAGAAAUUCCUUGAUGAGUAUAUCAUUGGUCAAGAUAUUGGUAAGAAGGUUUUGAGUGUAGCAGUUUAUAACCAUUAUCUGAGAAUUAAUGACAAGCAAAAGAAAAAGGAAUUACAAAAACAGAGAGAGUUGAUAGAACAGGAGAAAAUUACGAGUGAUAAGGAUGAACCAAUUUUCAGUGGGAACAGCGAAUCUAAAGCAGGUUGGAGAAAUCUUCAGAGACAAUUUAAUUCAGCAGGCAGAGAAGUAGACGAAGAUCUGGAAUUAAGCAAGAGUAAUGUCCUUGUAGUUGGUCCUUCGGGUUCUGGUAAGACCUUGUUGGCGACAACUCUAGCGAAAAUAUUAAAUGUUCCCAUUGCAAUUACUGACUGUACGCAAUUGACUCAAGCAGGUUACAUUGGUGAGGACGUUGAAGUGUGUAUCGAAAGAUUGCUUGUGAAUGCUGAGUUUGAUGUUGCAAGAGCAGAAAAAGGAAUUAUUGUGCUUGACGAGAUCGACAAAUUGGCCAAGCCUGCUGCAAGUAUUGGUACUAAAGAUGUGUCUGGAGAAGGUGUUCAACAGUCACUUUUGAAAAUCAUUGAAGGUCAUAAAGUAGAACUUACUGUUAAAAGGCCUGUUAAGCAUGACAUUGAUGGGCAAAAAAACCAAACCACAACUAAAAAGGAUGAAAUAUUCGUUAUAGACACCUCAAACAUUCUUUUCAUGAUUAUGGGCGCUUUUGUUGGUUUAGACAAGCACAUUGUUAAAAGGAUAGACGAUAUGAAGAAACUUCGUAAGGCCACGAAGUGUGUUGAGCCACCAGAUAGCAAAGAACUUGAGAAAGAAAGAGUGAAAAAUUUUAGAUUUAGUAAUACACUUGAGCAGGUUGAAUUGGAUAACGGAAAAAAAGUAUGUGCUUUAGAUUUGACUACACCGACAGACUUAGUGAGCUUUGGUCUAAUUCCCGAAUUGAUCGGGAGAGUUCCCAUCAUAACCGCACUACAACCUCUGCAAAGAGAUGAUUUGUUCCAUAUAUUGAAGGAGCCAAAAAAUGCCUUGUUAGACCAAUAUGAGUAUAUCUUCAAACAAUUUGGGGUCAAAUUAUGCGUGACGCAGAAGGCUCUAAAAAAAAUUGCUCAGUUUGCCCUUAGGGAAGGAACGGGCGCCAGAGGCUUGAGAGGAAUAAUGGAAAGGUUACUGUUGAACGUUAAUUACGAUUGUCCGGGUUCUGACAUCGCUUACGUCUUAGUCGACGAAACUACAGUUGACUCGUUGCAAGAAACAGAACAUUCUUUAGCCUCCCAUGUGGAUGUCAAGUAUUAUCCGGCUGACCAAAAGGACAGCUUGAUACGUGACGUUUCUGAAGAGGAUAAGAAAUUAGGAACUACAUUAUCCAAAGAGUUGGGCUAUUCCGCCCGCAUCCAUACGCCCACAAUCAUGAAAAGAAGUUUUAUUGGAGAAAUAAAUGAUUAA